AUGCAAGGCGGGAUUCCACACUGUGACUGUCGCCAGACUGACUACGAGGGACCGCGUUGCGAAUCGCCCAAGACAUGCCCAAGUGCCUACUGUCAAAAUGGGGGACGCUGCUCUGUGGUGGCAGGAGCUUAUGUCUGUGACUGUACCGGCACCGGAUUCCGGGGGCCGCUGUGCACGGAGUCCAUUGCCUGCCCGUCGGAUUUCUGUCUCUACGGUGGCAUCUGCACUGUUCUGCCGAAUGGUGAAUUCAGCUGCGACUGCUCCCGAACUGGACGAUCGGGUCGCAAAUGCGAAGGCGAUACCAACGGCGUUUACAUUGACUACGAUAAGGUCGGCUACCUGGUUUAUGACCUGGUACCACCUCUGCAAACCACCGAGGACAAUGUGACUGUCGGAUUCAAGACCUACGUCCAGACUGGUACCAUCCUGGACUUCGUCACCACAGAAGGGAAAUACUGGCGUGUAAAAGUGCGCGAUGGACGGCUGGUGAUGGAUGUGAAUGGAGCUGAGUAUAGCUAUCGACCCCUGGUCAACGACGGAGCCUACCACAUUGUGAACAUUGAGCGUCGUGGGGACAGCAUGGUCGUCAGUCUGGACAACAGCGAGAUGGCAAAGGGCGGUCUACAGGUCGUCACGGGCGAAGUGGUCUAUGUCUUCCUACCCUCCUUCACGCUGCCUGACAAGAAACCCGUGGUUGAAUGCCCGCCAGACUUCUGUUUCAACGGUGGUGUCUGCUACGUGGACAAAUUUGAGCUGAAGUGUGACUGUCGUGGCAGUGGCUGGCACGGCCCGAGGUGUGAACGCCAAAGUCGUGGCUUCAUCAAGUCAGUGGACAACAAUGGCGCCUAUAUCAUCAUUCCGAUUGUGCCGCCGGAAACAAGCAACUUGGAUAAAAUGCGCGUGGCCUUCCAAACUUAUCUACCUGACGGUCCAAUUGCUCGAUUCAUGUCGCCGGACGGUAAAUACUACGAAAUCUACAUGGUAAGCAUUGAGCAAAAUCUCAGGCAGUAA